AUGUCACGGCACCACGGCAACAUACCCACUCACCCAGACGCGCAUGCACAUGGUGCUGCUGUCACGACGCAUGCAGCGUCCACGCACUCGCACCUGCCAUCCGCCCAUCCCGGCACAGUUAGCGCUGCAGCAGCAGGAGCAGCGGGGAUUGCACCAGGCACCACUGCAGGAGGACUUGCAGGAGGAAUGGCAGGGGGAGCGUCAGGAGGAACGGCAGGAGGAACGGCAGGAGGGAUGGAUUUCAGCAAUGUAUCUCAUACACGCGUUGAGACGUGCCCCUUGCUCUCUGCCAUACCCCAUACAGUGCUCGAGUCCCCUGAAUCCGGCCCUGUUCUAGUCCUCGCUGCUGCAGCAGAUGUUGCUCAUAUCGAAGCUUCUAGUAACGGGGAUGAAGGGCCUGGAGGUGCUGCUGGUGCAGGUGCUGCUGCUGGUAAGGCUGGUGGGAGGCUGGAGGGAGGUAGAUCUGGGGUAGGUGGUAUCAGGGGACCUUCUGUUUUGGGGAAAAGUGCAUUGGGGUCAACAGGGGUGGGGGGGCUGAGGGCAGGAGGAGGGGGGAAGGAUGAAGGGAAAGAGGGGAAGUGGAGGAUGGACGGGAGGGGAGGGAAGCAAGGGGGGGUGGGAGGGGCAUGUGAUUUGGGAGAGUGGGGUCGGGCGUGUGGCAAGCUUUGGCAGCUUGUGGUCGCUAAGGACAAGCUGCGCAGCGUUCUGGGCGUCGAUGGAGAGAAGGAGGUGGAGGGAGGAGGGGGGAAGUGGGGAAGCGCAGGGGGGAGCAUGGGAGAUGUGAGGGAGCAGGCGAGGAAGGCGGGAGCGGGUGAGGGCGAGGAGGGGGGGAGGGUGAAAGGAGGGGCAGGAGAAGAACCAGAUGACAGCAAGUCGGGUGAGGGAGGGGAAGGGGGAGAGGGGGGAGAGGGGGAAGAAGAGGCGGGUGUGUGGUGGGCGAAAACAGCCCUCGGGGAGCCCCUAGAGGUGCUUAAAACGGGGGUAGAGCUACUGGAAGGGGUCUGUGUGAAUGCUCUGAAUCCGAGGCAAGCAGUGGUGGCCACCAACCGAAAGGGCCUAGUCUUCUUUGACAUUCACAGUGCGUCAGCUGCCAAUUCCUCCUCUUCCUCCUCCUCUGGUUACACCAGUUCCGCUAGUCACACUGGUGUUUCUGGUUAUGCCAGUCAUGCUGGUGCGGGCGGCUCUGCUGUGUUUGACAAUCUCUGGGCGUCUGCCUGCUGGCCUGCUGACAGCUACGCAGGCCGUGUUGCAACCCCUCCUCCCGCCCACUUCGCCCUGCUCACCCACUCCCCUAGCGGCCGCAUGAACCUACCUGGUUCUGCUGGUUCUGCUGGUGCUGCUGGUGGGGGUGGUUGGGGCGGGGGAGCAGGGCAAAGCGGGGAGAGCAUGGGAAGCAGUGGGGCCGGGAGCAUGGGAGGUGGGGGGGGGGGAGUAGGCCGGCUGGGCGGGUUCGGGAGCAGCAGUUUCAGCAGCGCGAGCAUCGGCGGCACCCCUGCCAACACCUCUUCUCCCUUCUCCCCGAUAGGCUCGGCGGUGGGCCGGGGCGCGGCGGCUCGGGAUUCGUCUUAUGCGGGCGGCGUGGGGAUGGGGAUUCCGGGGUAUGGGGGGAUAGGCGCGUGGGGGUUGGGUUGGGAGGACUUGGAGGAUGCAGAGGAGGGGUAUGUGGAUCCGCCUGCUACAGCUGAGUCUGUGGCGGGGAGGGCGCUGGCGGCUCACCCACUCAGGCCGUUCUUCCUUGUCGGCUCCACCAACACUCACGUGUAUCUCUGGCAGUUCGGCGCACCAGCAGCAACAGCAACAUACGGGGUCCUACCAGCGGCCAACACACCAGUGCCGCUUGUCAUUCCUUCAGUCACCUCACUCGGCAUCCACCGCUACGGGGAGCGAUUCGCCACCGCUGCUGCAGACGGCACGGUGUCGAUGUGGCAGCUGGAGGUGGGGGGGCGGAGCAACGUGAAGCCCACUGAAACGAAGCACUGCUUUGGGAGGAGUGCCAGUGGCGUGGCGUUCAUAGGGGCGAGCAGCAGUGUGCUGGCGGCAGUGGGGCAGAGCCCCUCGCAGGACAACCUGGUCGUGUGGGACUCCCUCGCCCCGCCCAACGCAUCCCGCGUCGCCAUCAACUGCCACCAAGGUGGUGCCACCAGCAUUGCCAUCGUCGACAACACAAUCCCUGCCGCCGCCACAGGAAGCACCGGGGGAGCACCCGCACGGGGAGGAGGAGCAGGAGGCGGCAACGGAGGAGGACAGCUGUCGGCGUCUCAUUCGCUGAUCGUGACGGGCGGCAAGGGGGGAGACAUCUCAGUGCAUGAUUUCCGGUUCAUUGCGAGCGGCAAGAGCGGCCGCAAAGGGGGCGGAGGAGGAGGCAACAAAGACGGAAGCAGAGACAGCAACAACAGCGGCGGCGGUGGUAGCAGCGGUGGCAGUGCUGGCAGUGGGGCAGUGGGAAGCGGUGGUGGUGGGUAUGGGGAUCGAGCGUUGUGGCACAUACCCAGGGCGCACAGCAGUAGUUUGUCGGCGAUUCUAGCGGUGCCCGGCACGCCGCUGUUCCUGAGUGCAGGAAAGGACGGCGAGGUGAAGCUGUGGGACGCCUCGCGCUGCCGGCUGCUCAGGGAGUGGCCGCGUGUGCAUGAAAAGCGCACUUUUCUAAAUGCCCGGCAGCAGGUGUGUGUCAGUGUGUCGGCGAUUCUAGCGGUGCCCGGCACGCCGCUGUUCCUGAGUGCGAGAAAGGACGGCGAGGUGAAGCUGUGGGACGCCUCGCGCUGCCGGCUGCUCAGAGAGUGGCCGCGUGUGCAUGAGAAACGGACUUUCCUCAAUGCCCGUGGAUUUGGGGCCGUCAUGCAGGUGGGUGUGCUGCUGUGUGGGCUGUGCUAG